GAGGACAUGGCCGGCUGCCCAAAAGGUUCUUGGAAGCCAAGACUCCGGAGUGUUGUCCUGGGAGCGGCUCAGCUCAUCUGGCUCAGUGCUUUGAUCUCUGAGCUUGUAAAUCAAAAGGAAGUGGCCGCAUGGACCUAUAACUACAGCACAAAGGCAUACUCGUGGAAUAACUCACGGGCAUUCUGCAGGAGGUACUUCACAGACUUAGUGGCCAUCCAGAAUAAGAAUGAAAUUGCUCACCUCAAUGACGUCAUCCCAUUCUUCAACUCUUACUACUGGAUUGGUAUCCGAAAGAUCAACAAUAAGUGGACCUGGGUGGGAACCAAUAAGACUCUCACGGAGGAGGCUGAGAACUGGGCCGACAAUGAGCCCAACAACAAGAGGAACAACCAGGACUGUGUGGAGAUCUACAUCAAGAGUAAUUCGGCCCCUGGCAAGUGGAAUGAUGAACCCUGUUUAAAACGAAAGCGGGCUCUGUGCUACACAGCCUCCUGCCAGGACAUGUCCUGCAGCAACCAAGGAGAGUGCAUUGAGACCAUUGGGAGAUACACCUGCUCCUGCUACCCCGGCUUCUAUGGGCCAGAGUGUGAAUACGUCAAGGAGUGUGGGAAAUUUGACAUCCCACGGCAUGUUCUCAUGAACUGCAGCCAUCCCCUGGGGGACUUCUCCUUCAACUCACGGUGCACCUUCAGCUGUGCUGAGGGCUAUGAGCUGAGCGGACCCAGCGAGCUGCAAUGUCUGGCUUCUGGAAUCUGGACAAAUAACCCCCCUCAGUGUAAAGUGGUGCAGUGUCGGAGCCUGGAAGCCCCUCUCCAUGGGAGCAUGGACUGUAUGCACCCAUUUGCUGCCUUUGCCUACGACUCCAGCUGUAAGUUUGAGUGCCAGCCUGGAUAUCGAGUGAGGGGCUCUGACGUACUCCACUGCAAUGGCUCUGGUCAGUGGAGUGAACCAUUGCCAACCUGUGAAGCCAUUGCAUGUGAACCUCCGGAGAGCCCCAGCCAUGGGACGAUGGAGUGCGUCCCAUCUACAGGAGCCUUUGAGUACAACAGCAGCUGUACUUUUCACUGUACAGAGGGAUUUGUGCUGAAGGGAAAUGAUGCCAUUCAGUGUGCUGACUCAGGGCAGUGGACAGCCCCAGCCCCAGUCUGUGAAGCGUUGCAAUGUCAGGAGUUUCCGGUUCCAAGUAAAGCCCAGAUGAGCUGCUUGAACCCCUUCGGUACCUUGAAGUACCAGUCAGUCUGCAACUUUUCCUGUGAGGAAGGCUCACUCUUGGUGGGAGCAAGUGUGCUAAGGUGCCUGGCUACUGGACACUGGAGCGGAGCUCCUCCUGAAUGUCGAGCUGUCUCCUGCACCCCUUUGCUCAGCCCUGAGAAUGGAUCGAUGACCUGUAUCCAGCCUCUUGGGGAUUCCACCUACAAAUCCACUUGCCAGUUCAUGUGUGAUGAUGGAUUUUCUCUAUCUGGACCAGAAAGAUUGGAUUGUUCUCCAUCUGGACACUGGAUGGGCACCCCUCCCACAUGUGAAGCCAUCAAGUGUCCAGGAAUCUUCGCCCCAGAGCAAGGCAGCCUGGAUUGUUCUCAUGUUCAUGGAGAAUUCAGUGUUGGCUCUAUCUGUCACUUCUCCUGCAAUGAGGACUUUGAGCUACUGGGGUCUACAAAUGUGGAAUGCACAGUUUCUGGAAGAUGGUCGGCACCUCCACCAACCUGCAAAGGUAUAACAUCACUUCCUGUCCCAGUGGUCCAAUGCCCUGCCCUCACAACUCCUGGACAGGGCACAAUGUCGUGCCAACACCACCUGGGAAGCUUUGGUCCAAACACCGCUUGUUACUUUGGGUGCAAAACCGGAUUUACACUCAGAGGAGCCAACUGGCUCCGCUGCAGGGCUUCAGGACAAUGGACAGCAGUGACUCCCACGUGCAGAGCUGUCAAAUGCUCAGAAUUGCACAUGGACACAGCAGUAGCCAUGAACUGUACCAAUCCCUGGGGAAACUUUAGCUACGGAUCAACCUGUGCCUUCCAGUGCCCAGAGGGGCAGUCACUGAAUGGCUCUGUGAGGACAACCUGCCGAGAGGAUGGCCGCUGGUCAGAUGCCAUGCCAACCUGCCAAGCAGGGACACUGACGAUCCAGGAAGCUCUGACUUACUUGGGUGGUGCUGUGGCUUCUACAACAGGCCUGGCAGUGGGCGGGACACUCCUGGCUCUGCUAAGAAAGCGUCUCAGAAAGAAAGAGGAUGGAAAAUGCCCCUUGAACCCUCACAGCCACCUAGGAACAUAUGGAGUCUUCACUAACGCUGCAUACGACCCAACCCCUUAAGAGACCCAGUCUCCUGAUGUCUCACUCAAUCUCUCAGGAUUCCACACGCAGAUGUCAAGAUUCCUGUCAGACUUGACUCUAACUCCGCCUCCACCGCAUCUGCUGUGGUUCUCUGUAAAUAAUUGGACAGGAACCAAGCAGAAGGACUAUGUACUUUCCCACCUCUCCACCCACCUCUUCCUGCUCGGCCCCUCACCUUCCUCCAGUCACAGAAACAGGAGCAAAUGUUUCUGCUGCCGUCUGUGGCUUGUUGCUACUUUGCUGUUUCUGAAAACAGGAGUUAGUCCGAGGCACUGGAGCAUGUGCCUGGACAGGUGACCAGGCUCUGGAAAACGGAAGGUCUGUCUGCUUUCUCUUGGGAUUGAAGAGUAGUUUAAGGAACACCUGCUUUAAGAUCUCCUGGGUCUUCCAUGUUUCCUAUCUGUGAGGUUGUUUACACCUCUGCUGCUGAGACUUUCACAGAAACUUCAAGAUGGUACUAGGGGACACAGAAGAUCGGGAAUAGUGCCAGGAUGCCACAUCUGACUGCCGACUUUCCCUCCACCAAAGCACCCAAAGCCCAUUGUUUGAAUGUAAAACUCCAUUCCCCCAAAUAUCAAGUCCUUCGUGGUUUGUUCAAUAAGGUCUGUGUAUCUCACUUUGUCUACCACCAAUGUGGUCACAGUCACAAUCCUCCAAAUGACAGCUGGACCUUCCAGUGAGCCCACAAGUAUAUGUCGUGUGUCCCCUGUCCAUAGAUGAAAAAAAAUCAGAGAAGUAGAAAAAAAGGUCCUCUUUACAUUGCUGUUCUGCAGGAAAGAACAGAUACUGUUUUAUAUGUAAUUUAAUUCACAUAUUUAAUAAAUAAGUCACUGAAAAUUACA